CGAAGAAUAACAAGCCGCGAACCCAUUUCCAUAAACCCUAAACCCCCGACCUCCCCUGUCCGCUGCUCUGCACAAAUUGCGUGCCAAAAAGCUCUAAAAUUUGCCCUUUUCUACUAUUCCUGGGUUUCACCCUAGAUUCACCACUCGCUAGAUCCUUUCUUGCUUACAAGCAAAGGCCAUGGGAAACAAGCCCAAGUCCAAGUCCAAGUCCAAGGCAGAUCGAAAGGAGCGGCGGUCAGCGGAGCUGGAUGAAAUCUCCCUAUUGAACGAGUGGAUUGAGUCCCAGAAACCAGACUCCGGUUCCAACCCUCUUGCUCUCAAGCCGCUGCCGGACAAUGCACCGGUUGGACGCCUCCACGACGGCAGUUUCUCUGCAUAUUCCGCGGCGACGAAGUUCAGCGAAUUGCCGCUAUCGAAGAAGACGAUGGACGCGCUGAAGAAGGCUGGAUACGUGAAUAUGACCGAGAUUCAGAGAGCCUCCCUGCCCCAUGCGCUCUGUGGGAGGGAUGUCCUUGGUGCUGCCAAAACUGGGUCUGGCAAAACUUUGGCUUUUGUUAUCCCUGUAGUGGAGAAGUUACACAAGGAGAGGUGGGGCCCUGAGGAUGGAGUGGGGAGCAUUAUAAUCUCCCCAACUAGGGAAUUGGCUGGUCAGCUGUUUGAUGUUCUGAAAACUGUUGGUAAAUUUCACAACUUCAGUGCUGGACUGUUGAUUGGUGGCCGGAAGGAUGUUGAGAUGGAGAAGGAGCGUGUUAAUGAGCUGAACAUACUUGUUUGUACCCCUGGCCGGCUUCUUCAGCACAUGGAUGAGACGCCCAACUUCGAGUGUUCUCAACUUCAGAUUUUGGUCCUGGACGAGGCAGACCGUAUUCUCGAUGUUGGUUUCAAGAAAUCUUUGAAUGCAAUUGUUUCACAGCUUCCUAAGCAUAGACAAACAAUGCUUUUCUCCGCAACACAGACGAAGUCUGUUCAGGAUCUUGCAAGGCUCAGUUUGAAGGACCCAGAGUACAUUAGUGUUCAUGAAAAGGCCGAGAGUGCUACUCCUAGUCGUCUGCAGCAGACAGUUAUGACUGUUCCUUUGGACCAAAAGCUGGAUAUGUUAUGGAGUUUUGUUAAGGCACAUCUCAACUCCAAAAUUCUCGUUUUUCUUUCUACCUGCAAACAGGUAGUGAAAUUUGUUUAUGAAGCAUUUAAGAAGUUGCGGCCUGGAAUUCCGCUAAAAUGCCUGCACGGGAGGAUGAAGCAGGAGAGAAGGAUAAAUAUUUAUUCCCAAUUCUGUGAACAGCGGUCAGUUCUCUUUUGCACGGAUGUGGCUGCUAGAGGUCUUGACUUCAACAAAGCAGUUGACUGGGUUGUACAGGCGGAUUGUCCAGAUGAUGUUGCAUCCUACAUACACAGAGUUGGUCGUACUGCGAGAUACCUGUCAGGAGGGAGAUCUGUUCUGUUUUUGACGCCAUCAGAAAUGAAAAUGAUUGACAAGUUGAAAGCAGCCAAAGUUCCCAUACAAGUUAUAAAGCCGAACAUGAAAAGGCUACAACCAGUGUCUGGACUGCUUUCAUCUUUGUUGGUGAAGCAUUCUGAACUGCAGGAGCUGGCUGCAAAGGCAUUCAUAAGAUACAUGCGGUGUAUACACAUUCAGAAGGAUAAAGAUGUGUUUGAAGUGAAGGAAUUACCCAUUGAUAAAUUUGCCGCUUCAAUGGGUCUGCCUCUCACGCCUAAUAUCCGUUUUGUGAAAAAACUGAAAGGCAAACAGCUGUCGGUUGGAGAAUCUUCUGUCCUUGAACUGAAAGCUUCUGGAGGGGAGCCUCCAGCAGAGAUAAAGAGACAAAAGGCAGAAACCAACAAGUUAAGAGAGGAAAACUUGGACUUACCAGCGGAGUUACUGAGCCUAAAUGACUCUGAGGAUGAGGACGUGGAGAAAGAUCUUCUUCUUUCUAAGCAGACCGAAACUGAGGGCAUUGAGAAAUCAGCGGAAUUUGGAGAUGCAGUGCUUCCAACCCGUAUUUCUAAGAAGAAGAAGAAGUUGAAGAUCAACAUCCACAGACCAGUUGGAACGAGGGUUGUCUUUGAUGAGCAAGGGAAUACACUUCCUCCACUAGCAAGGGUGGCUGGAGCAAACAAUGAUGAUGAUUUGUCUUUGCUUGAUAAAGACAAGAGGGACGAGUAUUAUAAAAAGAUGAGGGAAGAGCUAAUGAAAGUGGACAAGGUAGACAAGGUUCUUGACCGUCAACGUCGGAGAGAUAAGCGAAUUAAGGAGAAGGUGAAGCGGAAGAGAGGACUUGGGGAUGAAGAAGAAGGUAGCGAUGAGGAUCUUUCCGGAUCAGGGGCAGAUGAAGGAACAAAUGGAAGGAAACCGAAAAGAUCGAAGAUCUACUUCAAUAGUGAUAGUGACGAUGAUGGCGAAACUAGAGGAGAGAAAGAAAGUGCUAUAGACGACUCCAUUUCCCUAGCGGAGCAAGAAGCUCUGGCACUGAAGCUGUUGGAUGCCAUGCACCAAUAACAUAUAGACAAUUUUGUUAAGUCUGGUUAAGAUUGUGGCUGGCAAUUUUGUGAAAGGAAAAGCCUGUACUGUCUUUUGCCCAUUAUUUUCAUUUCCGCUUACCAAGUGUAGUAUUGAUGUUGCUAGUGUUGCGCAUUUCAUGUUAGAUGCUCCUGCACCGUUUAUCUUAUGAUAUGCUUCUCUAGUCCAAGAUACGACACAGGGGAAAGUACCGAAGGGGCUAAGUUAGAAAAUUCUAUUGCUUGUAUCUUCGUUGCAUUCAUCUUAGUUUCCAUUUGAUA